UCUCCCUCCCUCCCCCACUCUCUCUCUCUCUCUCUCUCUCUCGGUCGGUUUUCCUGCCGGGCUGCUGCUGCUUUGCGCGCUGCGGGGCCACACUGCGACCGCACCGAGGAGGAAGAGGAGGAAGCCGCGGACCGAAAGGGGGGCCAGAGCGGCGGAGAAAAAAAAAAAAGAAGCAAAAGAAGCAGAGGAGGAGGGUUUGAACGCGCCGUCACCGCACGGAUAACAAAUACCUCAGAAGAAGAAGCAGAAGGCGGAGACGCGUCACACCGCGCCGUUCCUCCCUCCAUCUCUGGCUCCGCUUUUCAGGGGAACUGAAGAAAAGGUGAAACACGAAGAGGAGGACAAACAGGGGGAAAAAUCUUGUUGGGGGAUCUCGGAGCGCAAAACGACGAACGACGCGGUGUUGGAAACCUCCCCCCUCCCCUCACGGACCAGGGCCGAUUCUCCGUUUUCUAGCAGGUAGCUCGGCGCGGCGACACCAUGAAGGACCGUACGGCGGAACUACGAAGUGCUAAGGACAGCGAUGAUGAUGAGGAGGUGGUGCAGGUCGACAGGGACCACUUCAUGGAUGAGUUCUUCGAACAGGUUGAGGAGAUUAGGGGCUGUAUAGAAAAGCUGUCGGAGGAUGUGGAGCAUGUCAAGAAGCAGCACAGCGCCAUCCUGGCUGCACCCAACCCUGACGAAAAGACCAAGCAGGAGUUGGAGGACCUCACAGCUGACAUCAAGAAGACAGCCAAUAAAGUUCGCUCAAAAUUAAAAGCAAUCGAGCAGAGCAUCGAGCAGGAGGAGGGUCUCAACAGAUCAUCAGCGGACCUCAGGAUCCGCAAGACACAGCACUCGACGCUGUCACGCAAGUUUGUGGAGGUGAUGACUGAGUACAACACCACGCAGUCCAAGUACCGCGACCGCUGCAAGGACCGCAUCCAGAGACAGCUGGAGAUCACUGGGAGAACCACCACCAACGAGGAGCUGGAGGACAUGUUGGAGAGUGGCAAGCUGGCCAUCUUCACCGAUGAUAUCAAAAUGGACUCUCAGAUGACCAAGCAGGCUCUGAACGAGAUCGAGACCCGACACACCGAGAUCAUCAAGCUGGAAAACAGCAUCCGUGAACUGCACGACAUGUUCGUCGACAUGGCCAUGCUGGUCGAGAGCCAGGGAGAGAUGAUUGACAGAAUUGAGUACAACGUGGAGCACUCCGUCGACUACGUGGAGCGAGCCGUAUCCGACACCAAGAAGGCCGUCAAAUACCAGAGCCAGGCCCGCAAGAAGAAGAUCAUGAUCAUCAUCUGCUGCGUCAUUCUGGGCGUGGUCCUGGCGUCGACCAUCGGCGGCACGCUGGGCUUCUAAGACGAUGCUCCACCAACCUGCCGCUGUGACAACCGACACCGACCGACCGUCCGACCGCCAGCAGAGAAAAGAAACACAGACAACGACAACAACAACAACACAAAAACUUGAAACACAAAUGCAAGACAGAUAACCAAUCAGCUAGGAAGCGAUAACAGUCCAAUCACAGAUAAGAGGAAACACCGUGGGGUUGGGUGGGGUUCAAAAAACAAAGACAAAAAAAAAACAAUAAAAAUGCCAUCACAUUAUAGCUGACUUAAAUACAUGACAUACACAAAAAGAGGGUACAAAUAAUCUUACUAUUUAUUACAGAUGUACAUGUAAAUGUAUUGAACAUAUGAAGCAACAUGUGGGUUAGCUACCUGUAAAAAUGAUGACCUCUAAUAUGACAUUUACUUGUUUGUUUGUUUGUUUGUUUUGCCUUUUUUCUUAUUUUUUAACACUUUCUUUCGUUUUUUCGGGAGUCUCCGAGGACAGUGAUGGUGACCGCUGCUGGGUGGGAGCUCCGCAGGACGAGCGUUCCAGAACCGAACCUUUAAUCCGUCCGUUAAGUUUCUUAGGUUUAUUUCCCAGUAAGACGUUCUGGGACGGAGCACGUUCCAGAGCAUCACAGAACAUGCGGUCCUACUUGAGGACAAACGUUUUCCGCUCUGUCAGAACGUUCGGGAGCUCCAGAACUCGGAACAGAGGUGAGGUUCCAGAACGCCGUCCUGCAGGGCGAGCGCCCUCUGGUUUUUGCCAGAACCAGCUUUGUCCCUGUGAUUCUGGGAGGGAGGGAGGGAGGGACCGACCUCGCUGUUGGCUCAGCCGCCUCUUUAGACCACCUCUCAUUGGUUGCUCGCUCCUGUCAUUCACCUCAGUCAGCCUAUGUAAUUAGCUAAGACUGGCAAAGCCCGACCUGCCACACGCCAUUUUAAAAAAAGACAAAGGAAAGAGCGUGACACGUUGCCCGACAAACCGUGUUUCACAGCCAGCCGAUUGGUUGGGAAAACACUGUGUGUGUGUGUGUGUGUGUGUGUGUGUGUGUUAGUGUGUGCGGGGGGGGGCGGGGGAUGUCAUUGCAACGUGGCAGGUUUCCACGAUAACAACCUCCCCAUCUUGUCACACCUAUCCAACCAAAGAGCAGGGGGAGGGAGGGCCUCUGGUUUUCAUGCUGAAUUCGAUUGGCCGUCGGCAGAAAACAUGACGUUUGACUGACAGGUGAACGGUGGGAAGGAAGGGGGGGAAGGAGGAGGGUUUAAAGGCGGAUGGGAGGAGACGGACAGUCAAUCUAUGCAGUUUAGAUAAGAGGAAGACGACUUGUCCCGCCUCCCCCACCCAAGAUAGCCAAUGAGGAUCGGGGGUUCACGUUACCGCACCAGAAGGCUCAUCGCACAGAUCGCUGUAGAAAUAUCGUAGUUAGGGGCCGGGUGUCAUCUCCAAGCCGUCACGACUGAUCUUCCGGAAGAUUCUAAAAAAUGAAGAGAACACAUUAAAAAGUAAAAGUAAAGCAUAACAAAAUAAAACGAACAAACAAGCGAGACAAAAAAACGAAACGGACAGAUAACGUAGAAAACGCUGAAGAUGCCGGCGUGCCCUGUUUCGCCUGAGUGUUGUGGUACUGCUGUUGCUUUUCUGUUCUUUAAUGGGGAACGUUUGCUGCUUUGUUGUUCCGUGGUGCUGCUGUUUUAGUGCGUGCGUGACGUUGUCCCGUGACGUAUCGGCCUGACAUCAUUUAGCAGUUUGCCUGUUUCCUCCCUGCAUCCCUCCAUCUCCUGCCUGAGUGUGUGUGUGUGUGUUUUUGCGGAUUGUGAUGUUUAAAUUCACACCAUUUAUUAAAAAGCCUGAGUUUCACAGGUGCGGUUGAACAGGAGAGGCUCUUUCCUAUUGGUGGAUUUUCUCUGUGGAAGGUGGAACAUGUGACACACACACAUUGACAUACAUUCACGACAUAGCACAUGCACGAACGCCUCUUCUACACGUUUAACUCUUCACACUGACACACUGAAAAUCCCCCCUAAACAUACACACUUUUAACUUUCCCGCGUCAUGCCCGUGCUUGUGUUAGACUGGGUCGCUUAGCAUGCUAUAGAAUUAGCUCGUGAUACGUGUAGAUCAUGUAAAAGUUAUUUUUGCAGACUGAUCUUUAUCUUUAUGCUCUUUUACUAAUGCUAAAGACGCUUUCCGUGUGUCCAGACCAGUGUUGGGGUUAAAGAAUGAAACUUAAGGAAUAAGAUGGGAAGUGUGAAAGUUCAUUCUUGACUUUGGAAAUUACAGUUUGGCAAAAAUAAUCUCAAAACAAAUUUCACUUAUUAGCUUUUUUCCAGAGUUCUCAGUCUUCAUCAUCCCCCAAUGGUGGUUGAAAGUCUUGGAAGGAACUAGUAAGCUAAUAGCUGGUUAGUACAAUUAUUUCUUCCCCUUUAACAAACAUGUAGCAAUAUACAUAAAGUAGAUCAUGUCAAUUGUUGUUUUGAAAUGUGUUUACUGAUCAUCAGAUUGUGUUAGAAUUAGCAGUUGGCGGUACGUCUGCACUAAAAUACUGGACUUUCACUACUACUGUUUUUUACACAAAUGAAGCUAUGACCGAAAUUAACACGCUAACUUGAGAUAAGCUAGUCCUGACUGAGUGAAACAGUAAUCUGAGUAAACCUCAACACUGCUCCAGAAUGGGACAUCAUGCAUAUAUGUUGUACAAGAAUGUUUAGUUUUGUUAACGUUAAUGUGGUUUGUCUUGACAAUAACACCAAUGUGUGUGUUGCCCCCAAACUGGACACACGGGUGUGUUGAAAAUGACUCCACAGUGUCGUGUCUCUGUUUUUGGACUUGGGGCGGGUUAAGGAGGAAGGUCUGUCCAUGUACAGGCUCUGUGAUACGGAGGUAGUCUGCUUCUGUUGAGGCCUACGCUGGGCAAUACAUGCAUCACAGUCACGUUCAGGGUAACAAUCAACACAAAUACUAACACUACACUUCACUUGGUGUCAAAGCAAUAAAGACAGUUUGUUAUAGUUAUAUAUAUAGUUUCAUUUGACAGAAAAGGUUUUAGCUAGCUUGCUGUGGUUAGAUUCUGCCCCCAGAUUUAGAGGCUGCAGAGCUGCAAAGUGGACAGAUUUGUUUUGGGCAUCCGGGGUUUUCCUUUCAUUCGUUUAAUGGCUGACAGCUGAAACACUUAAGGGCUUGGAUGGACUGAAUUAUCAAUUCAAAAGAAGAACAACUGUGUUAGAAAACAUGCCGUUCACUCUGCAUCUCUGUUGCUCUGACAGGAAGCUAACGUGACGCGUUGCUUGACAAGUAUUGUUAGCGAACAGUUGACGCCACGGCUUCAUGUUAGCUGCUUAUUCUAACAAUACUUCUGGCUGCCGGGGCGAUGUGUAGACGUGAGGAAGUAGUCCUUGCUUUGUUGAAUAUGUGUGUGUUUUCUUGGGAGUCGUUGCAGUAGUUAGCGCUGUUAGCUGUCUAUGUCCGUAACGCUGUAUAGAGAGGAUUUUUAGCUUCAGGUUUGGAGAAGAGUAAAGGUGGGAGUUUUUAUUUUAUUCUUUGAAUUCCCAAAACCAAAACUUCACUUCUGUGUUCACCAAAGCUUUAAAAAAUGACCCCCAGUCCCUCCAAGCAGCCAAAUCCAAUAGAUGUUUGUCAGUAGAUGUAGAAUAAUUUAGCACUUUUUCUGCUGUUGUGUUGUUCAUGGCUACGUUCUGACUUUAUAAGUGCUUUAGUGGUUUUUAGACUGUAAUACAAACACUAAAUAUCAAAUAAUGUUUGCCCCUGUUUUUAUAACUGUGUUUUUAGAGCUCUGCUUUAUUUUUUGAGAUUACAAUACACAGACAUGUAAUGAGGGAAUUAACAGAAGCUAAACUGAAUUGCCCGUUGGCUGUCAGUACAUUACACACCCCUACCAAUCACAGCCCUUCAUUUAUCAUCUGCCAGUUACAUCAUAAAGUGAGCCACAUAAUAUUUCAAUCGAUUACAUGUUCUCGGUGGUCGAUGGUAACGUCACGGUCGACGCGGUAGUCUUGCAAGGGUUAAGGCGGUGGUGAUCGCGGUGGAUUUAAGACGCCGGGAUGCCGUCGUAGCACCAGCCAGCUUGUUGACACUGAUGUUUCUUUGCUGUGUGUAUGUGUGUGUGUGUGUGUGUGUUUUCUGUAAAGUUCCUGUUCCUGUAUGGCAGCCAUCCAUCAGGUCCUGCCGCCAUCCUCUUGGGAAAGAAAACAUGGACAAACGUCCCAAAACCACAAAGACGUUAAUUAAACAAGUCGGCGAAGGUUAGGAAGUUUGUCCGAGUAUUCGGCCCCCUGUCCUUUUGUCUUCUCUCCCCCCGUUUGUGUAGUAUUCGUUUGGUUGUACAAAAAGACGGCGUUGAGGAUCGGGAGUCUGCCCCUUCCCUUCCUAGCAGACCCCGCCCAUCCUGUUGUGUGUAAUAAUGAUAACAAUAAUAAUAAAAACGGCAUGCAAAAGCGUUGUGGAGUUUGCAUGAUGGUGUUUUUUGUCCCCCACCCCCAACCUGCCCUCCAUGUCGUGCACUUUACCGUUCAUCGGACCUGUCUUUGGUUAGCACGUUAGCACGUUAGCUAACUACUUUACUCGUUCCUUAAUCUGCAUUCUCGAUUUUUUUAUCUUUAAAAAGUUGGCACUACAUGUCAACAAGUGCUUUGUUUUGUAACAUUGUUGGAACUGGAUUUUUAACGAGGAGGCUAAAUUUUCAAAUACGCUGCCGUCGACUUCAGCCAUUCUGCCCCCCCCCCCCCCCUCAAACCCUCCCGCUAGGUUACACACCACCGUUAUCAGCUGUUCCCUGUGUUUGUUUGCUUCCACGGAUGCAUUUGUGUUGUGUUUUUGUGGAGGAACUGUCCCCGCAAACGUUAAUUAUUGUUGGGCUAACCUCCAGUUGUCCCUCCGCCCGGUCUUGUGUGUGUGCAGCAUGCCUCCCGUCCUCUUCAGUGACACAAGAUUGGUGCAUAAAUGCGUGAAUGUGUGUGUGUUUUGGAGCAGCACAAGUUUUGUUGUGAUGUGCAAAGCAUCCAAUCGCAGGUCCGUGGAUCGCAGCCGUUCGAUGAAUUUUGAACUUUGUUUUUUGAAAAUUGUGACCAAUGGGACGAGAUCAGACACAUUUCCGGACGCCAUGAUCACUGUUAUUGUUAUAUUUAUUAAAAUUUAAACCAAAGCAUUUUUUGCCCUCCCCCUCAUGUGUUCUCAAAAUGUUCGCCGCUAAUAUCAAAGAGCACAAUGCGAGUAAAGUUUACACUGAGAUGUUUGUCACAAAUGGUGAAAAAAUAUAUAAUAAAAAACAUUAAAUGCUACCCUAACUUUAAAAACAAAAGCCCAGCCCCACCCCUGCCCACCACCAGCCCUCACUGCAUGUUGGUCUGUCCGCCAAUCAAACCCACAAAGCUUUCCAACAGUAAUCUCACGUCACCACAACGAUGUCUGCCUCCACACCCCACUUUCCUUUUCACCUGUAGAUGUUAGCUUGUGAUCUGAUAAGUGGAAAAAUAUGACGCAUAAUCAUCCGUGAUAAAAUUUGCAUAUGUACGCUUCUCCUCCACUUGAGGCAUAUACGGAGACAACGGUGGUGCUUUCUUAUUCUAUUUAUUAAUUGCUGUUAUUCUUGUUAUUUUGGUGUCAUUUUCUGUACCUCUUGUUUAUCAGUCUCUGUGUUCACACUACAGGAUGGAUGCUUCCCUGCGGGUUUUAAGGUUUUGCUAGCCGGACGGCCACAAAGGAUUUUGUUUAAAAGCUUAAAGGCUUAAAGCCAACCAACCAACGCCUCUUUUAUUGCAACCCCUCUCUACAUUGUUUGUGUUUAGCUGUGCAAAUGACAAUAAUUAAGAUGAAACAGUGCUAGCUAACACUGCUUUGUUGUAAUUGUGCUCAUCGGGAUCACCACGACUGCAGCGUCAGUUACUUUCUUUAACUCAUUAACUGCACUCUACUCCGUUUAUUUUGCCCUAGCUAUAAUAUUACAUUAACUGUUCUGGCAGCUGCGUUAGCGGUUAGCGGAACAUUUGCGAGCUAGCAAGUCCCCGUAAACCUACAGCGAGCAUUUUCCUAUGUGUGAGAACAGACUGCAACCUUGUCAACUGAACUCACAUAUAUAGGGAAGAAUAUAUAUAUAUAAAUCUUACACCAACAUACUGCAUUUCUAUAACUGUAUUAUGUGGCUGUGUAGCCAUCACUGCUUCUGUUGGCUGUGUACAGUUUUUGUCAGAGUGGGGUACAGAAAGCAGGAAAAAAUCAUCCGGACAGAGUUUGGGUGCGACACCAAGACUCCAAAGAUUGACUUACCGUUAGCCGUUAGCCAUUAGCCUGUGUGUGGCGUAUUGUUUCACAAAAGUAUUGAAAAAUGACUUCCUGAGUUCCUGUAAUUUGAGGUUAUUUUAACACACAAAACUAAUGUGUGUGUGUGUGUAUGUGGGCACAAUACGCUCUAUUAUUUCUGAAAAUUACUUUGUCAGUGUCAACCAGCAGCACAGCGUCUGCAGACACCAGGUUCAAAGUUAAUCGUGCUUUUUUGUUCCUCCGCUGUCGGACGAUUAAACUCUUCUCUACGAUGAUUUUUGUCUUCCUGAAAGAAUUUUCAAAAACCAAAACCCUGUUCAGUGCCCUGCUCUGGAUGAUGCUAAAAUGAAAAUGUUUGUUUAAUUGUGGCUUCAUGCUGCUCUUGUCGGCAAUAGCAGCUGCAAUUUGAUAUGAACUGUUUUUUUUGUUUUUUUUUAUGUGAAGCUCCACCCAUAUGUCUUUCUGCUCUCUUCAUCGUACGAGACAGUAUUUCAGUUUGUAUCAGUGUUUUUUUCCCUAGUGGGAGGGGUGGGAGGAGUCAGAGGGAGGGGCCAACAAGACAGACCACACCCACCCGGUCUCUGCCAUAGCAAGUAGGAAAGACACUUAAAUAACAUUAUCAUUAUUAUUGUUAUUAUUAUUAUUACCAUAAAUGACAGAUAAAAAUGCAGUAAAACAUUUGCAAAAACCCAGAAGAAGAACGAACGGCUUCACACAAAGUGAUCAAACAAACAUAAAAAAGGGAGGUUAUGACGAUUCUAUAAUAGCAAUGAUUUAAAGAAGUACAAAAGGAGUUAUGUUAUCAUAAGUAAUAGUAGUUAUAUUGAAUAUUGAAUGCUCGCAAUUUUGUCAAACUGAAACUGGAUUCUUUGUGUUAUGUAAUUAUUGUAAAUAACUUCAAAGAGAGAAAAAAUGACUUGCAUGUCUAUGUAUAAAUCUACUGAGAUAUCUAUUCCCGUCAAAGUUGACAAGUAGUUCGAUCUCUGUCCUUUUUUGCCUCUUUCGCUUCCCCCUCAAACGUCGCCCGUCCUCACCUCCGCCCCUCCUGUCUCCACAGUCCUUUUGUUCUUUCUCCGUGGGUGAGAGACAAUGAACAGAGAGGAAGAGAAACGUAGCUUCGAGCGUCCUCGUCCGUCAUGCUCAGUUCAGACGCUGUGUUUACACCAGCCUGCCCAAAUCACACUUUCACACGUGUGGAAGAAAAAUGUAUGACAGUGUUUUUCACUGCCGUGCCUUUUUGUUUUUUGGUCUCUUCAUUUCUGUCUGAAACACUUCUGACAAAUCCAUUUAGAAGGAAAUGUAAAGAUCUCGUGUGUCGGCAGGUAUUAAAAUCGACAAAUCUUUGCCUUUGUGGGUGUAAACGCAGCCACAACCACACCUCCGCCCAUCACCCCAGUUCCAGAGGCUCCACCCACUGGCUCCUCUGAUGAAAGUGCUUCCCUCCAUAUUAGGAAAAUUAACCCCGCCUCCAGGGCUUUCCAAGCCACGCCCCAUGAUCACUUCGGAAGCACUGUUAGCGGGUUUCCGAACUCUCUCUCUCUCUGUCGGACGUUGUCUCUCAACCACAGCUAGCUAGCCAAACUACAUACCUAAAACCUGGUCUCUUCACCUGCCUGUUCCCCCAGAGUGUAGCCUACACUCAGUCCUGAAAAACCCUGACGUGCUCCACAAGUUAGUAGCCAGAUCAUGAGAUGCAAGUGCCCACAUACUCUAACUGCGCUAACAUCCGCCUGCUAGACUGCUAACAGUUUGAUUGGCAUAAGCAGCUCCAAGAUGGCGCCAAAUUUGAAUAUCGGUGGCAAAGAAGUGCCGCAGAGCCACGCUGCUUAUACCUGUCAAGGCUGUCGGACAAAACAAUCCCACCAUUACAAUUUAUUGGGUCAGUUGAGUAGUAAAUCAGUAAAACCGCACAUCCAUCAGCUACUGCAGAGCCUUUGGCUAUAAUGAACGUAAGACACACAAGAUGGGAUUUCUAACUGAUCUUCUCCUUGGUCUUCGUGUUAACAGCAACCAAACCACAAUCUGACCCUGUCGGUGCAACAACGGACAGAUCUGAGGACGGUUCCCCAAAAGCAGUUUUUAACAUGAUCUCGGUCCCGUUGUCAGUCUAUGGGGUGAGAUCACAAGCCUUAAAAUGCUUUUGGAAAAUGAGGCCCAAGCCAGUUUUAAAAAUCACGUAAUGUGUUUCUGCAUCCACUCAGCCGUCCUGACGUACCUCAAAACGCCACCACAGUCUUCCUUCUAUGUUACAUCUCUGGUUCCUCAUCCGGUUCCUGGAGGUCUUAGCAUCAGUUUCUCAAAGGUGUCGAGGCACAAGAGACCACUCGAAGGUCAUACAGACAUUUGAAUCUCGAAGUCUUUGCGACAAACAGAUUUAAGCUACUUGUGGAUCUCUGAAAGGGAAACAAUCUUUGUGGGUUUUACCUGGUCAGACUCACAAUAGUAGCUCAGGUCUGUCUGAAUGUAGUCCGAGUGCAGCUUUACGCCUUCGACGCGGUUUGAGGAACACGGCCGUCUCAGAGUCGCCACCUAAUUUCGGGCCCCGUCUCUAGCCUCACACAGGCCUACCGUAACAAAGCGUGCAAUAUACAGAGAAACAAGGGCUUUCUUUAUCAUGCAGAGGCGUUCGGGCCCGGCCGGUACACUCAGACCUCCUGCAGGAACUCCUUUGACGAAAUCACCCAUUUUAGAUGCCAUAAACACGGGACCUUCUGGAGCGUCAGUAAGACUCUAGAAGAAGGACAAACCCCUAUGUUUUUUAGUGCACAUGGACAAAUAAAGAAAGAAGCUAUAUAUCGGGGGAAAUGGCAGGCGAGAGACUGAAAAUAUUUCCUAAAAUUUAAAAAACUACUAAACAAAAAGAGGACAGAGCCAUCGCAAUUCACACGCAACUUUGACCGGAAAUGCAACUUGUGUCCCGUUUUUUUUGUGUGUGUGUAUGUGUGCGUAGCGUAAUGUAAAAGCGAUCUGUCCCCCCCUCCCCUCCCCUCUCAGCCCGCCCCCUCUAAAACCCCCUCCCGACCCCCCACCCUCACCUCCAACCCUGUCUCCCCCCUCCUCCCCCUCUCUCGUACUGCUGUUGGCUGUUCUGUUUAGUUCAUGUGACGUGCCAGUAUUCCCCUCCACCCUACUUUACCCUUUUGCCCCUCCCCCCCUCCUCCACCACCCCCACUAUCUCCCCCCUUCUCUCUCUCUCUCUUGCUCUCUCUCUCCUCCCUCCCCCUCUUCUCUCUCUCUUCAUGGAUCUUUAAGAUGACAACUCUAUGCAGAUGCUGUCUUUUAUAAGUGUGUCAAAAUUUUAAUUUAAAAUAAAAACUUUAAAAAAACAAACCCUGACAGACAUAUUGAAAUGAUAACAAAAAAUGAAUAAAGAAAAGGAUUGUUCAGUGUA